GCGGAGCCAAGAUGCGGCUGAUCGCGGCAGCCCUCCUUGUGGUCCUCGUGUCGUCGGCGACGAUACGAAAGCCGCUUCCGUACCCGAGCCGCCAGACCCUCGACGCCGAAAAGAAUGUGCGAGGAGUGCUUGACACGGUCCGCCUGAUCGAGUCACGCAUGCGGAGCCUGAAGACCCAGAAGCAGGACCAAACCGUCAGCCGCCUGCACGGCCUCAUAGCAGCGGCCGAGUGGCAAGCACACACCCUGCUGCAGCAGCACGGGUCGGCUGAGGCGGCCCAAGCUCUGGUGACCGCCGCUCACGAGGCGGCGCAGGGACUGCGCGCUCUUGCCGCAGGCACCACUGAUGUCGAGGCCGGCCCUGCACGCCGUGCUCUCCGAAGUGCUCGUUGUGCUGCACCAGCUGGCGCAGUCCAGGAUGGAGAGCAGCUGGACGUCACCACGCCCGUGUCUUUUCUGGACAAGAUCCUGGAGGAGCUGCAGUCGUUGGUGGACAAGUACUUGCCCAUCCUUGGGCCAAUCAUAGGCCUGACGGAGAAGCAGGCUCUGGAGGCGCGCAAGCAGUUCGACAAGUUCGUGGCGGACGUGGAGGCGCUGGAGCACGGCCAGGUGCCAACAACCGACGGCCUCGAAGCUAUGAUCACUGACAUCCUCGAGAUUCUGAAGAUCCUCGGUAUUGACUACAAUGCGCCUACUGACGAUACGCCGACCGCGCUCGACGGUUUGUUGGCCCAGCUGGAAUCUGCACUGGAUACCGUGCUCGGGCUUUUGGGCCCGAUCCUGGGCCUGACCGACGACCAGAUCAAGGCCGCCGAGGCAGACAUCGACACCCUUAUCAAGGACAUCGAGGCCAUCGAGCACGGCGACGUCGACGUGGACGGCGGUCUGGAGACCGUGCUGAUGGACCUCGUCAAGAUCCUGCACGAAUUCGGCAUCCAGACCAGCCUUAGUUUCGACGUUCAGGGCACCACCGACCCGACCCCCGUGGAUAAAAUCCUGGAGGAGCUGAGGGCCAUCGUAGACAAGUAUCUGCCGAUCCUGGGACCGAUCAUCGGUCUGACCCAGGAACAGGUUGAUGCGGUCGUCUCCAACUUUGACAAGUUUGUAGCCGACGUCGAGGCUCUGGAGCACGGCACCGUUGACAUCUCCACCGGAAUCGAGAGCAUGGUUACCGACAUCAUUGAGAUCCUGAGGGCUCUGGGCAUAGACCACACCAACCCCACUGACGACACACCGACCGGUCUGGACGGUCUGUUGACAAAGCUGGAGGGUCUUCUGGACAAGCUGCUCGAGUCUCUGGGGCCGGUGUUGGGUCUGACUGAUGACCAGAUUAAGGCUGCUGAGGCUGACAUUGACACGCUCAUCAAGGACAUCGAGUCGGCCGAACACGGACACACCGACAUCGACACCGCGCUAGAGAAGAUCCUGACGGACGUGCUGAAUAUUCUGAAGGACUGCGGAGCUCCUAUUCUUUCCACAGCUGAUCCGAGCCCUAUUGACAAGAUUCUGGAGCAGCUGCAAGCUCUCGUGGACAAGUAUCUACCGAUCCUCGGACCGAUCAUCGGUCUGACCCAGGAACAGGUCGAUGCGGUCGUCUCCAACUUUGACAAGUUUGUAGCCGACGUCGAGGCUCUGGAGCACGGCACCGUUGACAUCUCCACUGGAAUCGAGAGCAUGGUUACCGACAUGAUCGAGAUCCUGAAGGCCCUGGGCAUAGACCACACCAACCCCACUGACGACACACCGACCGGUCUGGACGGUCUGUUGACAAAGCUGGAGGGUCUUCUGGACAAGCUGCUCGAGUCUCUGGGGCCGGUGUUGGGUCUGACUGAUGACCAGAUUAAGGCUGCUGAGGCUGACAUUGGCACGCUCAUCAAGGACAUCGAGUCGGCCGAACACGGACACACCGACAUCGACACCGCGCUAGAGAAGAUCCUGACGGACGUGCUGAAUAUUCUGAAGGACUGCGGAGCUCCUAUUCUUUCCACAGCUGAUCCGAGCCCUAUUGACAAGAUUCUGGAGCAGCUGCAAGCUCUCGUGGACAAGUAUCUACCGAUCCUCGGACCGAUCAUCGGUCUGACCCAGGAACAGGUCGAUGCGGUCGUCUCCAACUUUGACAAGUUUGUAGCCGACGUCGAGGCUCUGGAGCACGGCACCGUUGACAUCUCCACCGGAAUCGAGAGCAUGGUUACCGACAUCAUCGAGAUCCUGAGGGCCCUCGGUAUAGACCACACCAACCCCACUGACGACACACCGACCGGUCUGGACGGUCUGUUGACAAAGCUGGAGGGUCUUCUGGACAAGCUGCUCGAGUCUCUGGGGCCGGUGUUGGGUCUGACUGAUGACCAGAUUAAGGCUGCUGAGGCUGACAUUGACACGCUCAUCAAGGACAUCGAGUCGGCCGAGCACGGACACACCGACAUCGACACCGCGCUAGAGAAGAUCCUGACGGACGUGCUGAAUAUUCUGAAGGACUGCGGAGCUCCUAUUCUUUCCACAGCUGAUCCGAGCCCUAUUGACAAGAUUCUGGAGCAGCUGCAAGCUCUCGUGGACAAGUAUCUACCGAUCCUCGGACCGAUCAUCGGUCUGACCCAGGAACAGGUCGAUGCGGUCGUCUCCAACUUUGACAAGUUUGUAGCCGACGUCGAGGCUCUGGAGCACGGCACCGUUGACAUCUCCACUGGAAUCGAGAGCAUGGUUACCGACAUCAUCGAGAUCCUGAGGGCCCUCGGUAUAGACCACACCAACCCCACUGACGACACACCGACCGGUCUGGACGGUCUGUUGACAAAGCUGGAGGGUCUUCUGGACAAGCUGCUCGAGUCUCUGGGGCCGGUGUUGGGUCUGACUGAUGACCAGAUUAAGGCUGCUGAGGCUGACAUUGACACGCUCAUCAAGGACAUCGAGUCGGCCGAACACGGACACACCGACAUCGACACCGCGCUAGAGAAGAUCCUGACGGACGUGCUGAAUAUUCUGAAGGACUGCGGAGCUCCUAUUCUUUCCACAGCUGAUCCGAGCCCUAUUGACAAGAUUCUGGAGCAGCUGCAAGCUCUCGUGGACAAGUAUCUACCGAUCCUCGGACCGAUCAUCGGUCUGACCCAGGAACAGGUCGAUGCGGUCGUCUCCAACUUUGACAAGUUUGUAGCCGACGUCGAGGCUCUGGAGCACGGCACCGUUGACAUCUCCACUGGAAUCGAGAGCAUGGUUACCGACAUGAUCGAGAUCCUGAAGGCCCUGGGCAUAGACCACACCAACCCCACUGACGACACACCGACCGGUCUGGACGGUCUGUUGACAAAGCUGGAGGGUCUUCUGGACAAGCUGCUCGAGUCUCUGGGGCCGGUGUUGGGUCUGACUGAUGACCAGAUUAAGGCUGCUGAGGCUGACAUUGACAUGCUCAUCAAGGACAUCGAGUCGGCCGAGCACGGACACACCGACAUCGACACCGCGCUAGAGAAGAUCCUGACGGACGUGCUCAACAUUCUGAAGGACUGCGGAGCUCCUAUUCUUUCCAGGGCUGAUCCGAACCCCAUUGACAAGAUCCUGGAGCAGCUGCAAGCUCUCGUGGACAAGUAUCUGCCGAUCCUGGGACCGAUCAUCGGUCUGACCCAGGAGCAGGUUGAUGCGAUCGUCUCCAACUUUGACAAGUUUGUAGCCGACGUCGAGGCUCUGGAGCACGGCACCGUUGACAUCUCCACCGGAAUCGAGAGCAUGGUUACCGACAUCAUCGAGAUCCUGAGGGCCCUGGGUAUAGACCACACUAACCCCACUGACGACACACCGACCGGUCUGGACGGUCUGUUGACUCAGCUGGAGGGUCUUCUGGACAAGCUGCUCGAGUCUCUGGGACCCGUGCUGGGCCUGAGUGAUGACCAGAUCAAGGCUGCUGAGGCUGACAUUGACAUGCUCAUCAAGGACAUCAAGUCGGCCGAGCACGGACACACCGACAUCGACACCGCGCUGGAGAAGAUCCUGACGGACGUGCUCAACAUUCUGAAGGACUGCGGAGCUCCCAUCCUUUCUAGCACUGAUCCGAGCCCCAUUGACAAGAUUCUGGAGCAGUUGCAAGCUCUCGUGGACAAGUAUCUGCCGAUCCUCGGACCCGUAUUAUUGGUCUGA